AUGGCUCAUCAAAGCCCGCCAGGCAUGCUGGUGCCAGUCCGCUUCAAGCCUUCAUGUACGCAUCUUACCAUGACGCGGCUUCAUGGCUUUGAGUUUUUGUGCGAUGCGUGCCGCCGCCCAGGCCCCUUCGGUUGGGUGUAUUGCUGCACGCAAGAUCGCGAGGUGAUGAUUGAGAGCGCAGUGGCCGCUGGUUGUCCACAAUAUUUUGACGAUCUGGGGGAAUAUUGGUCCUCAAAGUUACGCAUUAGAAGGGGGAGCGCAGAAGCCAGAGCAGACCCUCUCAGUCUGUUCGACGAACUCACGCCACAGCAGAUGUCGCAAUAUCGCCCGGAUCAAAUCCAAACAAUUCUACGACAGCGAGAGUCUGUGAUGUUCGUCCUCCUUAGAAGCUCCAGGAUUGACUUGAGAGCCGAAAAGGUCCGGAACGCCAUAACAAGAGACAAUUUGCGCCGCAAUCCGUUUUCCAAUUAUCAGAUUUUCGAACCUUACCAAGACACUAUUUUUCUGGGAACUGAGAAUCCUCGACCUUGGGUCCCCAGUUUAGAGAACGAAUGUCGCUAUAUGGUCUGCCCUUUAUGCCGGCCUUCGGCUGCUGACAGAUCCUUCCUGAGCCUUGAUAGUGUGGCCAAGGGCGAGGUCCAGCCUACAUCUGCUGUAGGAUUUGGGUUUCAUGGACUAGGCGAACGGCCUGUCAUGAACGUUGAUAUUCUCAGGUCAAUCGGCUGCCGCCCACCCUCUUUGACUCGAAGCCAUCGCGAUGGGAGCACCGACAACUCCCUGCCGGAGUCAGACAUCAGCCUCAUAGAGCUCCUUGAGAAGCAAAUUUCCAGCAGUCAGCAGUAUUCCUUUGGCAGCGGAGUGGGCUUCCUGACAGGCCCUGAACUCGGUGGCAGCUUCUCUCUCUCGCAGGUAGCGGACGCUGCUCCCAAAACCCUCAAGCAUUCACCAGGCUACGACAACCUAUCCGCAGUCUUCACAAACACAACACCGGAAACUCAAACGUCGGCCCAAGCACGAACUGCCUGUACGCCCCCGCCUUCUCCCAGCCCGUACGGGUUGUCAAGCGCCUCUGAAACAUACUCGCUUGGGUUCGCCGAAGAGCCAAGCAUCACUGAUGGUCGAAGAAGUUCCCUCUCGAUGAAAACCAAUCAACUCGCGCGGCAGCAACUGGUCCACUCUCUUCCCUUGAUCGAAUCACAAGGUCAGCUCGCUGAUCUCGGCGACAAUUUCCUAGACGAAGAGGAUCCGUACGAUUCAGACAAUGAGGGCGAUACAGGGCCAGCUUACCAGUACAAUGGUGCUUCUGGAAUGACAUGCAACACUCCAUUACAAAUGCCAGCUAUAACAGAAGAGAUUCGCGUUUACGCCCCAGAGAGCCUGGUCGCGAGCUCUACAGAGGGCAAAAGUACUUUGACAACUGAGUACGGCAUCGCGGUCUUGGAAGAGAGCACCGAGCUUGGCAUCCCGGACGUGAUAACCCAGGUAUAA